UGGAUCUGUCUCGGGUCUAUAAUGGGGGGGGGUCGAGAACAAUUAUGAGAUCGGGGAGAGGGCGUCCCACAGCCCGCCCAGCUCCCUCUGCAAUCUCUGAUCAGGAACCGGGGGUCACACCUGGAAAGCCAAGUCCCUUGACCCCAGGCCAGGCCCUCAGCAGCAGCUGCCUCUUGUCCUGGGAACCGGGGCAAGGACCACCCCUGGAUUCCAGCUGGUGGCAGGGAUCUGGCCUCUGGGCAAACCGGUAGGAGGGAAUAGGCGUUUAUUAAGCACCUAGGUAUACGAAGUGGUUCAUAGAUAUAUAGAUCUCACUUGAUGCUCAAUCCCGGAGCCCAGCGGGAGGUCGGAAAAGCUGCUCCCCCGGUCCCUCUGAGACCUCCCCCAGCCCCAUCAGGCUCUCCGCCCGGGGAGGGAGCACUCCUGCCUGGGAAGGAGGGCACAGGACCUCCCCUAGGGAUGCAGCGGGAGGGGGGAAGAGGAAGGGGUGAGAGGGAGGGCGGAGUGUGGGGGCCGUCCUGAAAGGCCAAGGCAGAGCUCUCCAGGGCUCCCCCUCAGAAAAGGGUGGAAGGGGGGGGGAGCGCGCCACGUCCGGAGGGAGCCAGUGACCCAGGGACAGCGCUGCCUGACAACAUGCCUUCCUUUCCCUCCUCAGAGCCCCCACUUCACAGGUGGGUAAACUGAGGCUCGCGCGGGGCUGACGCCUCUUGCCCGAGCCCUCCUGGAGGUCAGACAAGCAUUUCUGAAGCUCCACCACACGCUAGGGACGCUGGAACGGCGCUGCAGUGGCCGGAGCUCCGGUCCUGGAGUCACCAUCAAGAGCUGAGUUCAAAUCCAGCUUUAGACCCCGACUAGCUGUGAUCCCGGCAAGUCUCCCGACUACGGCCCCCUCCCCUCCCCCAUCCCAGCUCCUUUGGGGAAGAGAAAGGGAAGGGGGCGCCAGGUUUGAAGGCGAUUCCGGAUGUUCCUAGGCCUCAGUUUACUCGCCAAACUGGAGGAGGGGCCGGACGGGUGAGUCCGUGAAAGCCACGGGGAGGGGAAGCAGCCCGGGGGCAUGCGCACGCGCAUCCCGCCUCUCGGACCGAAAGCGGGGUUCCGGGGCGGAGCCUCCACGGGGAGGAGUCCGGCGGCGCUCGGAACCCACGUGCACAGGUUCUCGUUUCCGGGGAAAGUGAGCACGUGACGGGCUCGGCCGCUCCGGAGACUCAGCAUGGUGGGCAAAGUGAGACGGCCCCGGGCCCGGCUGCAUGAGGCCGCGGUGAAGGCGGCACGCCCGGCCCCGAACGCCAAGGAGGAGAAGGCGACGACAGCGGAGACGACGACGACGCCCUCUCGCCCCGCGGAGGUGACGGCGUGGAGCGGGACUGGGGGACAGGACUGGGGUUUGGUGAGCUCAGACAUCUUUGCCGGGACCACAAUCGACCCGAAGGCCCUGGUCCAGAAGCUGGAUGUUGAUGCCAGAAGCGUCGUCUCAGCAGGAGCAGCUCCCGAAGCAAAACCUGUUUUGUCCAAGAAAGAGAAGAUGAAGCUGAGACGGUGCAGAUGGCUGCAGAAAAUAGAGGCCAUCAAGGCGGCGGAAGAGGCGCGCCGGGCGCAGGCGAGGCGGAAGGCCACGGCCGUGGUGGGAGACCUGCACCCGCUCAUGGAGGCCCUGCCCGAGCUGUCCGAGCUGGUGACCGGCAGCCGGCCCCGGAGGAAGCUCAAGAGCGCCCCAAGGCCGAAGGCGGAGCCCGCUGACUUCAACCGCAUGACCCCGGCCCAGAAGCGCAAGCUCCUAGACGACGAGAUGGCGCGCUUCCGGGAGCUGGCCGCCAGCCCCUCCUACCGGGCCGACCCUCUGCGGGCCAUCGGCGAGCAGCUCUCCAAGAGGCUGAGGCAGGAGGACGGGAGGCUCUAGGCCGGACAGAGCCGAGGCCGGGGACGGCGCCAGAGACCGGGGGAGCCGAGGCCGGGGACGGCGCCAGAGGCCGGGGGAACCGGGGGAACCGAGGCCGGGGAUGGCGGCAGAGGCGAGGCCGGGGACGGCGCCAGAGACCGGGGGAGCCAAGGCCGGGGAUGGCAGCAGAGACCGGGGGAGCCGGGGGAACCGAGGCCGGGGACGGCGCCAGAGGCCGGGGGAGCCGAGGCCGGGGACGGCGCCAGAGACCGGGGGAGCCAAGGCCGGGGACGGCGCCAGAGACCGGGGGAGCCAAGGCCGGGGACGGCGCCAGAGACCGGGGGAGCCGAGGCCGGGGACGGUGGCAGAGGCCGGGGGAACCGGGGGAACCGAGGCCGGGGACGGCGCCAGAGGCGAGGCCGGCCUCGUGUGCCGCCAGGUGGAGGCGCUGACUGACUCCAGGAUGGCUCCUGUUCCUCCGUUUGGGGGCACCGCGGCCUGGCCCCACUUCCUCACAGGGAUGUUGUGAGGGGCAGCUAAUAAAGUGAGCCCCGGGGCCUUGGGAGACUCUGUGCUCAGCCUGGGGACCUCAGGAGAGGGGCCGAUCCCGCGCUCCCUGGGGCGGGCAAUCGCGGCUCCUGGAGGGGGGUCCCAGGGGCCAGAUGAGCUUCCCUGAGGGCAUUGGCGCUUUCUCCCCAUUUCCAGGGGAGGGAGCCUGGUCCAGAGCCAGUCAGGGGCGGCAAGGUUCAGAGUCCAUCUGCCCCUGGGACUUCUGGGCCAGGGACCUGUCCUGGACUGCCCUGUGCCUCCGUCAGCUGCUCUUCCUCUGGUCAGCCAACGUCCGCCAUGACCCUGGAGCCUCUCCCUGCCUUGGGCCAGCCCCCCUGGGGAGGAGGCGCCUGGGCCUGCCUGUGGGCCCAGUGGGAGCGCCGAGGAGCAGCCCCUCCCCCCAGGCUUACCCUCCCCCUCCUGGCCUUGGGGCUCUCAAGCUGUGCCCAGGCCUCGGGGUCAGAGGGCACGGGCUGCCUUUCCCCUGUAUUUGCCACCCUCAGCGCCAAUGACAACAUAUCAGGCGGCAUCUUCUCCCCAGCCCUCCCUCGCCGGGGCUUUGCUGGGGGGAGUGGGGGGGGGGGGUCUGGUCUGGUCUGUGUUGCUUGUAUCGGGAUUGGGAGCAAAAGAAUUUGCAGUCCUUGGGAGAA